AUGUGCCCGUUCAAGAAACUGUUCAAACCCGCCGCAACCCCGCAGCAACACGCGGCCGAGAGUUCGCGGUCAUCCUCGCCCAGUCAGGCGCCCACCGUUUCCUUCCCCGACGGCGUGAAGGUGCUCCACGACAAUUCUGAGGCGACGGUCGACAUCUGCUUCGUGCAUGGCCUGACCGGCAAUCGCGACACCACGUGGACGGCCCAAGGCCAAUCCCAACCGUGGCCGCUGGCUCUGCUGGCACCGCAGCUCCGAAGCGCACGCAUCUUGACCUACGGCUACGAUGCGUAUGUAGUGAAGAGGUCGGUCGCGUCGUCAAACCGACUAAUUGAUCAUGCUUCUAAUCUCCUCAACGACCUGACCACCGACCGAGCGAGCCAUGAUGCCUCCGAUCGUCCCCUCAUCUUCGUGGCGCAUAGCCUGGGCGGGCUGGUGUGUAAAGAAUCGAUCCUCCAGUCGCGGAACAACCCUGAAGGCCAUUUGAAAAAGAUGUUCGAGUGUAUAAAAGGGGUCAUCUUCAUGGGGACGCCACACACGGGCAGCUGGAUGGCCGACUGGGCGAGACUGCCGGCAUCGGCUCUGGGAAUGGUCAAGUCCACGAACAAGUCCUUGCUUAAGGUCUUAGAGACGGAUGAUCAGCUGCUAGAGUCGAUCCAACUACGAUUCUUAGGUAUGGUCCGAGAUUUGAGAGAAAGUAACCGGCGGCUCGAGGUGACGUGCUUCUUUGAGGAGCUCCCGCUCCCGGUGGUAGGGAAGGUGGUGUCGAAGGAGUCGGCUACGUUUGCCGGAUACAAUCCGAUCAGCAUCCACGCCAACCACAGUGAUAUGGUUAGGUUUGUCUCUCCGGAAGAGACGGGUUUCAAACGAGUCAUAGGCGAGCUCUCACGGUGGGAAAUGGAGUUACGGUCAUCCACCCAGAAUGAGGCCAGCUCUUCGACUGAGCCAAGACCUUCAUCGUCUCGCAAAGCGAUAUUUACGGUGCCCUUCGAACCCGACCCUCAUUUUAUCUCCCGAGAGUCCAUCUUAUCAUCCAUCGCUCAGCAGCUCGAACAGCAUCGGCGGGCGAUUCUAUGCGGGAUGGGCGGGAUCGGGAAAUCACAAAUUGCCAUCGCCUAUGCGUAUCAGUACCGCCAAGAGCAUCCGCGCAGCCACGUCCUCUGGAUAUAUGCGGCCACAAGAAGUCGGUUUGUACAGGCAUGCCAGCAAAUGGCACGAAAAUUGAAAUUACCCAGAUGUGAGGAUCCGAAAAUAGAUGCCUGUGAGCUGGUAGCAGCGUGGUUGGAUGACGAGGAGAAUGGGCCGUGGCUCCUGAUCGUCGACAAUGCUGAUAAUGCUAAUCUCAUGCUGGGUGUCAUGCCUUCUGAUGAGACUCACAUGGACGAGGACACCCUGACGAAGCCGUUAAUGGACUACCUACCUCGUACGCUAGAUCUCUCGAGACGGUUGUUGAUUACGACGCGAUAUAACGACGUGGCGGAUGGCCUCCGACAGAGCGCGUUACCUAUCUCCGUAGGGCCUUUUUCAUUGCCAGAAGCAAGGUCGCUGCUACGGCGAAAAAUCACCAAGGAGAGGGCCGGGCCUGCCGACGAGACUGUGGACGAGCUCCUUACAUCGCUCGCGUACAUACCGCUAGCGAUCACACAAGCGGCGGCUUUUAUCAACCGCAACAUGAUGACACUUGCGGACUAUUUAAGGGGGUUCCAGACCAGCGAGUCGGAGCGGAUGAGGCAAUUAAGCAUCGAACUGCAGGAUCCUCGACGGGAGCGCGGGUUUCCUAGUUCCGUGUUCCGAACGUGGAGACUGUCUUUCGACCAGAUGCGACAACGUGAUCCCGCCGCGGCCAGACUCCUUACAUUUCUAGCGUUUUUGGAUGGGCAGUCCAUUCCGCUGACGUUGGUGCAGUAUACGCAGACCGCGGAGGCAGAUUGGCGCCAGGCGUUAGGCACGGUGGCAGGAUACUCGUUGGUGGUGUCGGCGGCGAAUGAGACGAUCUCGAUCCACCCCCUCGUGCAGGAGUCAGUGCGGUAUUGGUUGGAGCAGCAGAAGGAGAAGGAGGCGAGCGUGGAGCAAGCGGUGCAGGUGCUGGCCGCCCGCUUUCCCACGGGAGAGUACAGUAAUUGGAUCGUGUGCCAGACACUCCUCCCUCAUGCACAGGCGGCACUGCGUCACCAAGGCCGGGGUAUUCUCAGUGAAAGUCGACGCCUUCUCCAGUACCUUGUUUCGUGGUUCCUCUUGGCAUCCGGAAAGUAUGAGACUGCCUUUGAACAUGUGUCAGAGUCGUAUGAGAUCUUGAUGGGUCUAUAUGGAGACGAGGAACCGGUAAGUCUUGAUAGCCUCGCACGGAUGGCGUUGGUACUACCAUAUCGAGGGAAGUACGAGGAGGCGGAGGCGAUAAAUCGACGGGUGCUAGCGGGAAGGGAGAAGGAGCUAGGGGUGGAUCAUCCCUCGACGUUGACGAGCGUACAUCAUCUAGCGUUAGUACUACAAGAUCGAGGGAAGUACGAGGAGGCGGAGGCGAUGAUUCGACGGGCGCUGGCGGGAAGGGAGAAGGAGCUAGGGGUGGAUCAUCCCUCGACGUUGACGAGCGUACAUCAUCUAGCGUUAGUACUACAAGAUCGAGGGAAGUACGAGGAGGCGGAGGCGAUGAAUCGACGGGCGCUGACGGGAAGCGAGAAGGAGCUAGGGUUGGAUCAUCCCGACACGUUGUUGAGCGUGUAUAGUCUGGCUCAUCUACUCGAUGUCCAGCAAGAUUUCCAGCAAGCUAUGGAUCUCUAUGAAACUGCUAUCACUGGCUUUGAUAGCGUGCUGGGGCCAGAUCAUCCUACCACGGCGGCUUGUCGGGAACAUCUAUCGUCGCUGUUGAGGAGGAUGGCAUGA